UUUAUGACAGUUGUUUAGUUUGCUUGUUUUGAUUAAUUGAAACUUAAAUUGAAAGUGAAAAUGUCAGAGAAAAUAUCGGUUAAUGCCGAUCUUUUAAAAGAACGUCAAAAUGCCAGUUUCGAUACUGAAGAAUUUGCCGCUUGGUUUUGGCAAGGCGAAAAUCGAUUGCAAAUGAAACGUUUUGCUGAAAAGGAAUUGCUAUCAGAUGUUGAGGAUGCACAUAUUUAUGAAUAUUUAUCAUACGAGGACUCGUACACUAAAGCAGUAAAGGAUUGUAUUAAAGCAGCAGAGAAACUGAAAAAAUUCCAAAACAAAAUGAAUCCUGAGGGCAAUGAAAUUUAUCCGGGUUUAAUGAUGAGUCCUGUCGCAGAAGCUCUCAUGCCACUUGGCAAUACAUUUACAGUGCAUAUUGUAAUGUUCACACGCGCUCUUAAGUCUCAUGGUACUGAUGAAUUGUAUGAGAAGUUUGGUAAGCGUGCAGAUAACUUUGAGAUUAUUGGUACAUAUGCACAAACUGAAUUGGGACAUGGUACCAAUUUAAAAGGACUAGAAACCAGAGCCGAUUAUGAUCGAAAAACAGAUGAAUUCAUUUUAAAUACACCAACUUUGUCGUCAUAUAAAUGGUGGCCAGGUGGUUUGGGUCAUACAUCCAAUUACUGUAUAGUUGUUGCUCAGCUCUACAUCGAUAAUGAAUCUAAAGGCAUACAAAUGUUUUUAUUGCAAGUACGUGAUGAAAAGACGCAUAUGCCUUUAGCAGGUAUUGAUAUUGGUGAUAUUGGUAAGAAAAUUGGUUUCAAUGGAGUUAACAACGGAUUUUUGGGUCUUAAAAAUGUUCGUAUUCCACGGACAAAUAUGUUAAUGAAAAAUUCGAAAGUAUUAUCUGAUGGAACAUUUAUACAAAGUCCCAAAAGUCAAUUAGCUUACUUUCCAAUGGUAUAUGUACGUUGUAUGGUUGUGCUCAGUUGUGGCUAUAACUUAGCUCUUGUGUCCACUAUAGCAACUCGCUAUUCAGCUGUUAGACGUCAAAGUCCAAUUAAUCCUGAUGAACCCGAGCCACAAAUUUUGGAUCACGUGACUCAGCAACAUAAAUUAAUUCCGGAAAUAGCAACUGCUAUUGCAUAUUACUUAUCUGGUUUAAAACUCUAUAAAUAUUUUCAAGAUACUACUGUUGCUAUUCAGAAUAACGAUUUUUCUCGCAUGGAGGAAUUGCAUGCAUUGGCUUGUACAUUGAAAGCUUCAUCGUCAUAUGAUGCCACAGCUGGUAUCGAGCGGUUACGGCUUGCCUGUGGAGGACAUGGUUAUCUUACCUCGGCUAAUAUGGGAAAUGUAUAUAGCAGAAUUUCAGCUGCUUGUACUUACGAAGGAGAAAAUACUGUUUUAUACUUGCAAGUGGGAAAAAUUUUGAUGAAGAAAUGGGCAGAUGUCUUAGCUGAGAAACAAUUGAUGCCAACAAUGUCAUACUUAAACGAUUGGAAAAAUUCGAAAACCUUUAAUUGGAAUGGUUCGUGGGAUUGUAUGAUCAAAGCACUACAAUUUGUCACCACUAAAAAAACUGAAGUGACAUUUUCAAAUUAUAUGAGACGUUUAAAAAUGGGUCAAACUCAACCAAGUGCUUUAAAUAAUACAGGCAUCGAAUUGAUACAAGCAGCAGAGCUACACUCCUGUGUUUUCGUAGCGAGUAACUUCUUCACUGAAGUAACUGGUGAAGCCUUGGCAAAACAAUCAAAUGAAUUAAGAGCUGUACUUCAUAAUCUUUUGGAAUUAUUUUUAUUAAAGACGAUUCUACAACAUAUGAAUAUUAUAUUGCAAUUCAUUAACCUAACUGAUGCCGAUGUAACGGACUUACAGAAUCGUUUGGAAGAAGUUCUAAAACGUUUAAGAACGGAUGCUGUGGCAAUAUGUGACAGUUUUGAUUUCCAUGACUCGGUACUUCAGUCAACACUGGGUGCGUAUGAUGGAAAUGUAUAUGAACGCAUCUACGCGGCAGCAAAACAAAGUUCAUUGAACUCGCAGCCCGUGCCCAAGUCAUUCCAUUCGCAUCUUAAGCCAUUCAUGCAAGGCAAAUUGUGAUUAUAAUUUUAAAUUAAAUUAAAUAUUUAUUGGGGUAAUUAUGUAUUUCUGUAUAUAGUAAUGAAAUAAAUAUCUGUGU